AUGACUGAUGAGGGAUUGGAUUCGGUUGCCGCCAAUCUCGCCUCCGUAUUCAGUGCUGGUACUCGUAUUGGCACCAGUCCAUCAGAGCCCCGUACCACUAGGCUGGGUCUAGUUACUUAUAACUCCAGAGCUCAGCAGAAUGCGGAUUUGAACAAAUUUCAGAGUUUGGACGAUUUGUAUGAAGGAGUUUUUGGAAGUCACUUCCAAAAAGUCGUCGUUAUUUAUGCAUCCUCCUACCGUGGAACAGGGGAACAGGACCCGUUACCCGUUGCUAAUCGAUUGAAAACUUCCGGAGUCCGAAUAAUUACUGUAGCUUAUGACCAAGGUGGAGAUGGGACGCUUUUGAGGCAACUAUCUCAAGUUGCAAGUCCUGGAUUCAAUUUUAGUAGCGCUGAAAACGAGGGAAACAUUAUUGGACAAGUUCAAGGAGCGCUUUUAGAGUCAAACUGUUUCUGCCCCAACGACUGGAUUCAGUAUCGUCAAUUCUACUCGGACACCAAUUCCUAUCGUUACGGUGUCUGUUUCCAACCAGUGACACUCACCGCAGUUUGGAAAGCCGCAAAAAAGUCCUGCGCCAAUCGGUGGAAUAAUUCUUAUCUCGUAAAUGAGUUCAAUUUGUCAAAACACAACUUCAUUUUGGAUAUUGUCAAUUCUACAGUAGGAUUUCACCAACCAUUUUCCUACCAUAUCGGUGGGAAUAAAGUAGGCGGAGUCUGGAAAUGGGACCGCCCGACUGGAUGGGAGCAACCGGAACUCAAAAAAUGGUACAAUUGGGAGGACGGGUAUCCAAUUGCUUCUUCUACACUAAAUGCAAUACUGAAUCAACAAACUGGACAAGCCAAAUGGGAAAAUAUUGAUAUGUUGAAAACGGCGGCGAAUUAUGUCUGUGAAACUGCCAGUUGUGAUACUGAUAAUUACUGUAGUUCUGAUGGAAGAUUGGAUGAAUAA